UCGGCCAAUCUCUCAUCUGCACAGUUUCUUCUCUAAAAUUUCUACUGGCAAACUCACACAAAAAUUAAAGCUGCUAAAAAUGGAUCCCUAUGGAAGCGGAAGCUGGACGAUGAUCCCUAACAUCCAGACUAACAGCAACCCUUCUACCCCCUCCAAUCAGGACCAUCUCUUUCUCCAACAGCAGCAGCAACAACAACAACAGUUCAAUCAACAACAACAACAACAGCUAUAUCAGCAGCAGCAGCAGCAAUUUCAGCAACAGCAGAUGCAAUCGCCGCCGCAGCCCACGCCGCCGCCUCCGCCGCCGCAGCAGCAUCAGUCACUCGCCUCUCACUUUCAUCUCAUACAGCUGGUGGAGAAUUUAGCGGAUGCUGUCGAAAACGGGACUCGUGAUCAGCAUUCCGAUGCACUGGUUAAUGAAUUGAAAAACCAAUUCGAAAAGUGCCAGCAGCUGCUCAACUCAAUUUCAGCCUCAAUUAGCUCUAAAUCCAUGACAGUUGAGGGACAGAGGCAGAAACUGACUGAAGCUGAACAAUUAUCAAAUCAACGAAGGGAGCUUAUCUCCAAGUACAAAACCUCAGUUGAAGAGCUUAUCAAUUCUGAACUAUGACUGCUGUUCAAAUUGUUUUGUUGAGGUGUAGAGUAAUAUAUCAUCCUAGGAAGUUAUGGGAAUAGCAGCCAGCAGUUGCAAUGAUAUUCUGAAUGUAGUCAAGAAAGACAGUUGCUGUUGCAGCCUUCUGUAAUUUGCUGUGCAGUUGUUUUUGGAGACAUCAAAUGGUCAAACCUGACAAACACAAUUUUUCUUAGCUUUGUGCCAGAUCCUAGCGAACAAAUUCCAAAAAAAAAAAAAACGUGGUUUCUCGAAAAAUGGCUCCCUCAAGGUCAGUCCUGAUCGUUGCAGAAAUAGUUUUGACUUUUGAGUAACGUUUUUCUGCAGUAUACUAGAUAUCCUCCUAGAUUAGGAUAUAUAUCACAAGUGUUCCUUUUUAUUUGGUUUCAUGUCAUAUUAAAAUGUGAUCAUUUCAACUAAAAGUUUACAUUGAUAGUAGGAUCCUUGAUAUUCUUCCCAUUCUCUUCCUCAUUUGUUUAGAACAAGAAAUGCCCUUUAAGAUUUUUCGUGCUUGAAUGAUGAUAAUACAUUCUCUGAGGUUUAUUUA